CACGCGUCUGAUGUACAGUUUCUCAUAAACCAGCUUCAGGUCGCAACUUCAAAUCGCUGCGUUACUGAGGAUGUCAACAGUGUUUUCGAUUGUGGUUUGAAGUUAUCUGCUCGAAAACCCUAUACAUUGUCCGCAAUUAUUUCCAAAAUGUCUUUUGACCUGUUUCUCGGCCAAUAUUCCCCCUCUUUUGUUCGCUAACUAUCUCCAAGCUAUCUGAAAAUAAUAAAGUUUCAGUUGGUUCACUUAUAAUAUGGCUCAAAGCCAAAUUGGAUCGAUAAUAGAUGUAGCGAAAACAAAUUAUCCGUCAACCCUAAGGUUUUGCAUGUGCUGCUCCGCUGCGUUUGUUUCUGAAACGAUCACCUACCCACUCGACAUAUUGAAGACUCGAAUUCAGGUUUACGGAGAAUUGCAGUCCUCAUCAUAUCCUGGAGUUUAUAAAAUUUGUGCAUCAGUUAUCAAGAAUGAAGGACUGUUUCAGCUGUGGCAGGGUUUGUCACCUGCUCUCUUUAGACAUAUUAUCUAUACUGGAGCUAGAAUGCCAAUUUAUGAAAUGAUUCGUCAAGAUGUCUUUCAUUUACCACCAGCUAGUCAUUUCACUAUCAAACCAUCCAAGAACAAUGAUCAUUUGGAGAAGGCAGAAACUGAAAUCGUUUAUGAUAAAAAGCUGAGUUUUAUGAUCCGUGCCGCGUUAACCGGUGUUAUUGCUGGAUCUAUUGCUCAAUUCUUAGCCAGUCCAAUUGAUCUUAUUAAGGUUCGUUUACAAACAGAACGCAGAUGGUUAUCAGAAAUUCAUGUCAGUGGUGAUAAGUCUGUUAAUCCUUCUGCAAUACCUACAAAUCAACAGCGAUUAAGUUUUAUACGUACAACUAGACAGCUUAUUUCUGAAGGCGGAAUUCUGGGAUUAUGGCGUGGUGGCUUACCGAAUGUACAACGUGCAGCACUUGUAAAUAUGGGUGAAUUGACAACUUAUGAUACAGCUAAACGUUGGUUUGCUGUACGAUUUCGUCUUGAGGAUGGUCCAUUUCUCCACUUUUGUGCAUCACUUACCUCAGGGUUUGUAUCUGCAGUUCUUGGCACACCAGCUGAUAUGAUUAAAACACGCAUAAUGAAUCAACGUUUAUCGUCACCGUCGUCAUCACCAUCGCCUUCAAAUAAUCAUAGUGGUCUAUUGUAUAAAGGUGUUAUUGAUUGUUUUUGUAAAGUAGUCAAGAAUGAAGGCUUUCUGGCCUUGUAUAAAGGCUUCUUUCUAAUAUGGGCUCGUAUGGCACCUUGGUCUUUAACAUUUUGGUUAACAUAUGAAAAAAUUCGUUCGUUAGCUGGAGUGAGCGGUUUUUGAAGACAUCUACUCCAAUUGUAUGUAUUUGUGUGUGUGUCCGAAUGUGCGCGGACGCUUUACACCGAUUCUACUUGUUCUCUAUACUAGACUUCUAGUCAUCAAUGAUCACUAUAUGGAAACGGUGAUUUUUUCCCCGUAUGGAUUGAGAAGAAAUCAAUAAUAUUGAUUUAUAUAAUCAUUUCAAUUGCUUUGAUAUUUUUUCUGUUUUGUAGUUUGAGAAUAAUUUUCUUCCUCAUUGAAAACAGUUUUCACACUCUUAUUGAUGAAACAGUCUUUCAAGUUUCCACUAAUUUAAAAAGUUAUGUAAUUUAUUAUUGAUAUUAUUAUUAUUUAAUCAUUGUAGAAUUUACAGAU